AUGGGUCAACUUCUACAAGAGACUGCUGACAAACACGGCGAAACUCUUGGUCUAAUUUCGGGCCAUCAAAAUAAACGACUUACUUUUACACAACUAUAUGAAGAGUCGGAUAGAUUCGCAGCAGGAUUGAGAAGAAUCGGCUUGAAUUAUGGAGAUAGAGUUGCCAUUUGGGCACCUAAUUGCAUCGAGUGGUACAUUUCGUUUAUGGCUUCUGCUAGAGCUGGAUUAAUAACUGUGGGAGUAAAUCCCGCCUUUCAGGUGAAAGAGAUGGAGUAUUGUAUCGGCAAAAAAAAAUUAAGGGGUUGUUUUAAUUAUGAUGGCAUUAUGGAUUUGUCAAACAAAAAUAUUUUGAGUGAAAUCACAGAUUUCCAAAAUAAGAUUUACAUAAAGGCACCAUUGAAUAUACAAUUUACUUCUGGAACAACAGGACAACCAAAAGCAGCAGUAAUAAAUCACUUUAAUUUAUUAAACAAUGGAUAUUUUGGAGGGAAAAGAAACGAAUUAGACAAAAAACAACACAAAAUAUGUGUUCAAGUACCAUUUUUUCAUGCAAUUGGAACUGCAGUAACUAUUUCAGCGGCUUUAAAUAACGGAACGACUUUAGUACUCCUAACAGAUGGUUACAACCCUGAUAAAUCUUUGGACGCGAUCAAAAAUGAAAAAUGUAGUGUCAUUCACGGAACACCCACAAUGUACGUGGAUUUGGUACAAAGACAAAAGGAACGAAAAGAGGUGAUAAAUCCGGAAAUUGCUGUUUCUGCAGGCGCUUCAUGUUCACCACAUCUUUUUCAACAAAUGCAGCAGUACUUAAACAUUAAAAUAGUUAAGUCUGUGUAUGGUAUGACCAAAACAACUGGAGGUGUUUUUCAGUCCUUGGAAAACGAAGACGAAUAUCAAUCAACCUCAACAGUUGGUUAUAUUCAAGACCACAUGGAAGCGAAAGUGGUGAACGAAAAUGGACGAAUUGUACCAAAGGGAAUUCCUGGGGAGCUACUUGUCAAAAGUUAUAGCAACAUGAUGGGAUAUUGGGGCGAUGACAAAAAGACAAGUGAUGGAUGGCUCCGUACUGGAGAUCAGUUUGUGAUGGAAGAAAACGGUUAUGGAAAAAUUGUGGGACGUCUAAAAGAGAUGAUUAUAAGAGGUGGUGAAAAUAUUUUCCCUAAGGAAAUAGAGGAUUAUCUCAACACUCAUCUAGAAAUUUUAGAAACACAGGUUAUUGGUCUUACUCAUGAAAGACUCGGUGAAGAAGUUUGUGCUUGUAUCAGAGUUAAGGAAAGUUCACAUAUUGAUUUAGCAACAAUACAAAAAUAUUGCAGAGGCAACAUUGCCCAUUUUAAAAUUCCUUCAAAAUUAUUUAUUAUGGAUAGUUUUCCGAGAACUGCAUCUGGUAAAAUUCAAAAAUUCAAAUUAGUUAAACAAAUUUUGUAUAACGUGAAGGGACAAAAAUAA